UCCUCUCGGCUUGCCGUUACCGUGCGUGACAGACAGGAGGGGCGCGAUCAUAAUAACACGCGGGAUGCAUUACACUUCUUUCACUAAGGUGUUUUCAGAUUAUGUCAUAUGUAAGACGGUUUGUCAAUCUCUUGAAGAAGACAGCGAGUUGCUUUUAAUGUAUGUUUUCCAGUGUGCUGCGAAGAGUAGAGUGACCGGAGCUGGAGUUUGAAGAGAAAUGAGUGCGUCAUUGUGAGCGGCAGCGGCUUCAGCGGGACUCGGUCAGAUCUUCUCCAAACAAACACACGCACGUUUAGCGCACUUUUCAUCUGAUCAGCCAGAGACAUCGCUGACAUACCAGAGACGGCUGAUGUCGGUGAUGGAGGGUGUGUGUAACGGUAAUGGAGAGGAGCCAGAGCUGGUGGUGCAGGCGUGUGUGCUGUCCGAGUUCAGUGAAGGCGAGGAGACUCGAGCUCUCCUCAGCAGCCUGCCGGACAUUCAUCACGACACGGUCAGCAGAGAGGCCACCAUCGAGAGGUUUCUGGUUAUCAUGGAUCACUACCAGGAACAGCCACAUCUUCUGGAUCCUCACUUAGAGUGGAUGCUGAACAUGCUCUUGGAGAUGAUCCGCAAUGAGAAGUCUCCACCUCUUCUGGUCCAUCUCUGUUUCAAAUUCCUCUACAUCAUCUCAAAGGUCAGAGGCUACAAGAUCUUCAUGCAGCUGUUCCCCCACGAGGUGUCAGAUGUUCAGCCAGUUCUGGACCUUUUAUGCAGACAGGACCAAAAAGACACUGAGACCUGGGAAACACGCUACAUACUCCUCCUCUGGCUCUCCAUGACGUGUCUCAUUCCCUUUGACUUGUCCCGUCUGGACGGCCACCUGUCCACUGACCCCGGGCUGAACAGAGAGCCCAUCAUGGAUCGUAUUCUGGCUGUGGCCAAGUCCUUUCUCAGAGUGAGUGACAAAUCUCGAGAUGCUGCAUCAGUGCUGGUAUCUAAGUUUGUGACCCGUCCAGAUGUGAAGCUGAAGUUUUUGGGUAAUUUUCUUGACUGGUGUCUGACCACCAUCUCUCAGACCAGUGAGAUGACCAUGGAGGGAACUGUGACCCUUGAUGGAGCUUUGCAAUCCCUGGCCCAGCUCUUCAAGCAUGGGAAACGUGAUGAUUUCCUGCAAUAUGCCCCAACAGUGCUUCAGUGUCUGAAUCAGAAGAGAAUAGCUGAGAGUAACCAGGCCACGUUGCGUAAACUGGGAGUAAAAGUUGUCCAGAGACUUGGUUUGACUUUUCUAAAACCACGUUUGGCCAAAUGGAGAUACCAGAGAGGAAGUCGGUCACUCGCAGUGAACCUGGCCCAGUCUUCUGUCACUGAAAGCGUAGAGGCUACAAAACCUGAUCUAGAGUCUGUCAGUCAGGAGGAAGACUAUGACAUACCUCAGGAUGUAGAGAAUAUAAUUGAACAACUGUUGGUGGGUCUGAAAGACAAAGAGACAAUAGUGAGAUGGUCUUCUGCCAAGGGGGUUGGAAGGGUAACUGGUAGACUACCUAAAGAGCUUGCAGAUGAUGUGGUUGAGUCUGUUUUGGAGUGUUUCAGUUUCCAGGAAACAGAUAAUGCCUGGCAUGGGGGCUGCCUGGCUCUUGCAGAGCUAGGCCGAAGAGGACUGCUGCUUCCUUCCCGUCUCUCAGAUGUGGUGCCUGUGAUUCUAAAAGCCCUGACAUAUGAUGAGAAAAGAGGCGCAUGCAGUUGGGGAUCGAAUGUACGAGAUGCUGCCUGCUACGUGUGCUGGGCUUUCGCCCGUGCCUAUGACCCAAAUGAACUGAAGCCUUAUGUCAACCAGAUUGCCAGCGCACUUGUCAUCGCGACUGUAUUUGACAGGAACAUCACCUGCAGAAAGGCCGCCUCUGCUGCUUUCCAAGAGAAUGUGGGCAGACAGGGCACCUUCCCCCAUGGCAUAGACAUUCUUACAGCGGCAGACUACUUCACGGUCGGUAACCUGAAUAACUGCUACUUAAUUAUCAGUGUCUACAUCGCUGAUUUUGAGGAAUACACCAAACCCUUAAUUGACCACUUGGUGGCUAUGAAAGUCAAUCACUGGGAUGGGGUGAUCAGAGAGCUGGCCACAAAAGCCCUGCACAAUCUAACUUUCCGGGCUCCUGAAUACAUGGCCAACACUGUUUUACCCCAGCUGCUGCCCAUGGCCACAGGCAUGGAUUUACACGGCCGUCACGGCGCUAUCCUGGCCUGCGCUGAGAUCACUCAUGCCGUCUAUGAGCUUGCAACCCAGAACAAUAGUUCGUUGACUGACUCACUGUCCUCUGACACCAUUGAUGGCCUAAAAAACAUUCAUCAAAAGCUCUCUGAUAAAAAGCAGUACAGGGGAUUUGGUGGAGAGCUAAUGAGACCAGCUGUCUGUGUCCUCAUUGAAAAGCUCUCUCUAUCCAAGAUGCCUUUUGAAGAUGACCCAGUUAUCACUGGUUGGCAAUGGCUAAUAGACGACAGCUUGAAGACCCUUCACCUGUUCUCCGGCGGAGCCAGACGGGGUUUACAGGAUGCUGCAGUGUCAGCACUGGCAGCAUUGUGUCGGCAGUAUUAUCAGGUUGAACCAGGGGUAGCCCAUGUGAAAAUGCAAGAUCAGCUGGUUAGUCAAUACCUGUCAGCCCUGGAGAGUCCCGAGGUUCUGACGCGCUGUGGCUGCGCUCUCGCCCUGGGCUCACUGCCUCCUUUUAUGAUCCAUGGCAAACUACAGAAGAUCUUGGCUGGGCUCCAGGCCACCUGUAAGGUUGUGCAGAAAGAAGAAAGACUAACAGAAGCCAGGAGGGAUGCGGCCACAGCCAUGUCUCAGGUGUGUGUAACUGUAGGAGUGUGUGCGCGAGGCAGCCCCGACCGUGUCCUGUGUGAGGACAACAUAAGUUCUGUGUAUGAAGCCUUGCUGGGCUGUACGAACGACUACAGCACGGACAGCAGAGGGGACGUAGGGGCCUGGGUGAGGGCGGCAGCAAUGAGCAGCCUUAUGGACGUGACCCUGCUGGUGGUGGCGUCUGCUCCAGAGCUCCUCUCCUCUGACCUAGUUCAGCGUAUGAUGUGUUGCCUGGCUCAGCAAGCUGCAGAGAAGAUCGACCGCUACCGAGCCCACGCCGGCACCGUUUUCCUGCGUCUUCUUCACAGCACAGAGCCCGCAGUACCUCACAUUCCUCACCGGGAGGAGCUACUGAGCAUCUUCCCUCCAGAGACAGGAAACUCCCUGAACUGGAACGCUGCAUCACAGGCCUUCCCUCACAUCACACAGCUGCUGCGCCUGCAUCAGUACCAGUACCACACGCUCCUGGGCCUCACUGUGUCUGUGGGUGGCCUCACCGAAUCUACAGUGCGUUAUUCCUCUCAGUCUUUAUUCGAGUAUCUGAAGAGCAUUCAGCAGGAUGUCACAGCGCUUCAGCAGUUUGGAGACACGCUGUUACGCAUCUUCAGAGAUAACCUGCGCAAUGACAGAGUUUCUGUACCUCUGCUAAAGAUGGUGGACCAGCUCCUGGCUAACGGCUGCUUUGACCUCUUCGCCAGCGAGGAGAGUCAUCCAUUCUGCAUGGAGCUACUCUUGCUCUGUAAAGAGGAAAUCAAGAAGUCCAAAGAUGUCCAGAAGUUGUUGUCAAGUAUUGCUGUGUUCUGUGGAAUGGUGCAGUUCAAGGGUGACGUGAGGACGAAGGUCUUAGUGCAGCUGUUGAUGUUGCUCUGUCACCCGUUCCCUGUGAUCAGGAAGACGACAGCCAGCCAGGUAUACGAGAUGUUCUUGACCUACGAUGAUGUCAUUGACGAUGAGCAAGUGCUGGCUGAUGUCAUGGCCUCGCUUAGCGACACUAAUUGGGAAAGUGACGUCGCCACAGUGCGGACCCACAGGAAUCAGCUCUGUGAUUGGUUGGGAGUGCCCAGGCCAACUCUGGUAGCCAAGACUGCUCCCCAAUAAAUCCGUUCCCACCUGACGUCCUCUUUGCACUGCUUUCUCUGUGGACAUCAGGGACCGCGUCCAUAUGUCCUCCCUGCUGUCAGAUAAUGUCCAUCUAACAGUGUCUGAGCUGUCAUCAUUAAAUUAAGUCAAAUGUCUUGGAGCUCGCACUUAUGGGGGCUCUAAACCACAGAGUUAAGCUUACUUUACAGCACUGUAGAAACAAUGUAGUAGUGAUCCUCUGUUUAAGUGCAUUUAUAGAAAUAUUGCAAAUUACUGACAUCAUUAUUAUAAAUGAUUUUUCAUGUGUGGAUCAUAGCAUUUCUUUUCAGAGGCAAAUGAGGUAGAGGAUCCACUAUAAAUGCCAGAUCCAAUUCCAGAGGUGGCUUAUCUAUAUCCCACUUCAACACAAAUUAAAAAAAUGAUUCACCCAAAAAUUCGAAAGAUUCUGUCAUAAUUUACUCACCUUCGUGAUAUUUGAAUCAACAAGUUGAACUAGAAAACCGAUCAGCAAAUGAAUCAGUCUUUUGAGGCUGUGUUUUCAAUAAACCUGUUGAGACUGGUCACAUAUCUGAUUCAUUCUCCAAUCUUAUUCCAAUUUACUGACUCGGGUCAUUAUACUUUUAGGGUGGAUUUUUGAUACUUUGAAAACUUUCUGAUACUUUAAUGGUGCAUCUUAGUUCUAUUUGGAACUAAUGAACUGUUGCGUAAUGGAAAAAGCUACAUCAAGAUUAUCUGAAAUACUUUUGUUCCACAAAAGAAGUCAUACAGGUGUGGAAAGACAUUAGGGUGUGCAAAUAAUGACAAUUUUUUUGGGACAACUUCUUGAAGCCCAUCUCGUGUUUGUUUCAAAAUACUACUGCUGCCUUUUGACUCUCAUAUUCACACUUUCAAAUUGAUAAUUGGGUUUUGAGGGAACAUUGGUGCACAGGGACCUGUAGGUAGAUUACAUUCUUCUCUCACACUCUCAAACAAUUAGUUCCCUUCCAUCACAGCCAACACAACAGCUUUCCAGACAAGCAACUUAGUAAUGAAACUCAAUCUAAUCCACCUCAUUAUACUCCAGGGAAAGUGUUAACAUUUACAGGAGAGGAAGCCCUGGCAGUGGACAGAUGCAGCUUGGCAAGGUUAUUCCAGUCUUGGCUUCCUCUGGUGGAGUGUAUCCGAGUGGUUGAUAUCUGACUGUGGGCCGGACGAGGAAGCCUGGUGCUCUCACACUCAGCCCAACCCACCUCGCCUCUCACUUUGGGCACAGGCUUUACUGGAGCUUAGAGAAGAACCCACAUGGUCUCAAAACACACAACAGCACUCCUGGCUAAAACAAAGGUCUGAUUGUUGAGUUGAAGUCUUUGGUGGAUGGGGCUCAUUCUUUUAGAGAAGCACAGUAGAUGAAGUAGUUCGAUUUAGAUUACUGCCUGUUGGGUAAUCAGGAUUUGGACUUGAGUAUGUCCUUGCGUUCCCCCUGAACUUUCAGUAGUAUUUGUCUUUUCUUCUAAGGAAUAAUUUUGGAAUUAUUUACUCGCCUGCAUGCCAUUCUGUGUUGUUUUCUUACAUCAAAAACAAAGAGUUGUUGUCCAUUUGUUCUUUUCCAUGCAAAAAAAAUGGGCAAUGUCAAGGUCAUGGGUUCGAUUCCCAGGAAAUGCAUGAAUUGAUCAAAUCAAAAUGCAUGCUCUACCUUGAAUGCAAUAAAACAAUGAAAAAGUGUGCUAAAUGCUUAAAUGUACAGUAAAUGUCUUCUGAAGUUAUACUAAAGUGAUCAUUUAAGAUGGCUUUGUUUGAGGAACAAACCAAAUUGCGUUCACGCCUUUGGAGGCAUCACGCUGUGUUUGAAGGCAAAAUCAAUGGGGGUUAUGCGCAAAAAAACAUCUGUGUUAUAAGUUGAAUAAGAGCUGUUUCACCCACGAUGCUUUCAAAGGAAAUACCAAAGAUGAGCAUAACCGAUGUCCAUCACAUAUGCAGAUUGAUAUCUAAAAGUUUGUAUCUUUCUUCUCACUAACAUAUAUUAAAAUUGAAUAUGUGUCAUAUGUGCAAUUCCAAUGCCACAGGUUUGAAAAACAGCACAUUUUGUUUUCUCAAAUAAGGCUAUUGUGUGACGUUAGACGAUGUGAAGUAUAACAUACAUGCUGAAUGAACUAAUCAAGAUACUUUUGUUUUUGAAUCUUGUUAAUCCACUUUCUUUGUAUGUAUAACAGAAGUUUGUAGAUUGUGUUUCAUGGAAAAUAAAAUAUGAGGUUGGAACAACAUGAGCUAUUAAAUGACAAUGAAACACUU